ACUCUUAGAACACCACACAUUGACUGUGCUCAUACAACGUGCACUGACUGCUUCACGUGGAUACUUCAUAGUAAUUACAGCAGGAUCGCAAUAAGGGCCCGUAGGUUGGCAUUUUGGAACCCGUUGGAGUAUGUUGAUGUUUGCUCUAUCGUCGUGUACCCAAAGGUAACGACCGGAAAUAAUCCCGUCAACUGUGGUGAAACUCUGGGAAAACAAACUAAUUGGAAAACAAACUAAACUGUUUAUAUUGGUAUUUCAGCGAGCUAAACCAAAGCCUCAUCCUUUUGACCAUCAGAUGACUACUCGGAGACUAAGUAUACACCAUUCUACUGGAGCAGUUUGCGUGUGAAUGAACCACCAUCGGUUUAGAGGAGAACGAAUCCAGUUAAUAUUUCAACUCUUCAUCUUUUCUUGUCUUGGAUUAUGACAUUGGGAUCGAGAAGGUGAUAAAGGUUUCGGAGGUGUAGGAGGAGAAGAUGUCUCUCAAGAUGCUUUGGAAAUCCUUCGGUGUGGUUUCUUCAAUGCUGAUGCUACUUCAAUGCUCUCCUUGCUCAGCAAAAGGUAAUCCAGGCAAGCCUCCAUAUUCAAACUUCAUCACUCACGUUCGUGGAUAUCAAUUCCGAGGCAAUGAUGGACGUACCACUACCACACAAUGGAGACCAUACCAGUCGACUACUCGCUGGCCCUCUAGAUCAACUAUUGGCACUACUGGACCUACAUGUCGAUAUGGCAGCCGUUUCGAUUGCUGUUACGGCUGGAGGAGAGACCACUAUGGACGUUGUCAACCUGUUUGCGACAGGACUUGUGUACACGGCACCUGUAUCGGUAGAAACCAGUGUCAAUGUGAGCAGGGAUAUCACGGCCAUACCUGCGAGAGAGAUGUAAACGAGUGUAGCACUAGACCGUGCCAGCAUCGAUGUAUGAACACUCCUGGUAGUUACAGAUGUUAUUGUGAAGAGGGAUUCACACUCCGGAGUGAUCAGAGCUCAUGCAUGUAUGACAGACGAUGUGAUUCACUGCGAUGUUCCUAUGGAUGUCAAGAACAAGGAUAUUAUAAAGUCAUGUGUAUCUGCCCGGAUGGACUACGAGUAGCAGGUAAUGGCUACAGCUGUCUUGAUAUCAACGAAUGUGCAGAAAUCCCAGGAUUAUGUCCGAUUGAUAAGAGAUGUCAUAAUACAUACGGCAGCUACACGUGUCUUUGUAAACUUGGUCUGAGCUACAAAUUCAUCGACGGAAAGUAUCAAUGUUCCGAUGAAGACGAGUGCGCCACCAGGCGGCACAACUGCCACAGGUUUGCCACCUGUACGAAUAAAGUUAGGAGUUACACGUGUGAAUGUAAUGAGGGUUACGGUGGUAACGGCACAUACUGCGUACCAGUAGAUCCGAGUACCUGUUUCAAUCGUCCUUGCUUCAUCAACGUAACAUGCACAGAUCGCAAUAUUAACCCACGAAGCAUCGGUUCUCUACUGCCAAACACAGCGACAAUACGACUCUACAUCUGCGGACCGUGUCCAGGGGGUUACGUUGGAGACGGAGUCAACUGUCAAAGGCUCCCACCAAGUGCCAUUUCUGUCACAACAAAAAUGCCAACGACUACAGAAGCACCAACUACGACGGUACUUCUGACUACGACAACGAUGCCACCCACAACUGCAGCACGUACCACAACAUUGGCUACAACAGCGCCACCUUCUACAACUGUUACGACAACAGCGCCACCAACGACGACAGUUACAACAACAGCGCCGCCAACGACGACAGUAACAACAACAGCAACCCCAACGACAACAGUAACCACAACAGCACCACCAACAACAACAGUUACAACAACUGCGCCACCAACGACUACAGUUACAACAACAGCGCCACCAACGACUACAGUUACCACAACAGCGCCACUAACGACAACGCUUGCUACAACAGCACCACAAAGGACGACGACUGCAACCACGAGUCCAACAACAACAGAAAAAACAUUUUUUAGAACUUCUGGACCUGAGAUUCCCCAAGGGGAGCAGGCACCCGAGCGUGUCUCAACAACUAUCCGUGGAAAAGAAGAAUCAAAGACAACAUCAACCCCGAAAACCACAAGACAACUAACAACAACAGUAACAAUAGAGCCCCCAACGACGACAGUUACAACAACAGCGCCACCAACGACAACAACUCCUCUUCCUACAACAACUCCUACCACUAGACCACCCACGACGACACCACCUACUACAACUGUCACAACAACCCCGCCAACCACGCCCCCUACUAAUCCCCCAACUACAACCCCUGCGACAACUCCAGAACCAACCACUUUCAUCACUACAACUACCAUACCUCCUACCACCACACCGCCCCCACCGUCAGUCACAUUAGUAACUGUCGAUAGAGGGGCUCAGAAAGCACUACUUCCAGAGGUUGGAAUCAAAGUUAUGAUACCUGAUGAAACAGAGAAUGCUACAAGAAUUAUUAUCAAUGAAACAACGGGCUACGAUGGCAUCUGGAAAAUACUCAUUCCUGAGGACCAACCGGUUAUUAUCUCUGCCAGUAAAAUGGGUUUUCUGGAUACAUCUUAUGUCUACAAGUUCAGACCCAAUGAAAAGAACAUGCUUACAAUAGAGAUGUCCAAACCAAGCGAGGUAGAGCAGUGGAAAUGGAAAUCUGGUUAUUACAAGAAAAUCCGAUUUGGUGACUUGAAUGACAUCGCGAAGGAAUACAGAGUAGAGGUUGCUCCAGGCGCCCUCAACGUGAUUGAAGGAGCAGAGGUCACGAUGCGUUUUACUACGGUCGACAUGGCUGAUAAAGAUGCAUUGACUCAUGCACCAGAGCUUAUUGCUGCAGUACCUAAUGGAAGAGGAGGUUUUGAUAUGGAAGGUCUAGAAGUGUACGCUAUGGCCGAGGCAUCAUUUUAUGAAACAGACUCGUAUGAUCCUAUUGAGGUGAUGUUACCAGUAGUUAUUGAGAUGCCACUACCAGAGGAAGUACAAACACAUCAUGGCGACCAGCUUGAGGCAUGGUACUUCAACACCGACAGGGGUGUGUGGAUGAAAGCAGGACAGGGUGUUGUCGAAUAUUACCGUGGUGGUGUAUUGAUCUGGAGGUAUAGGGCCAGUCAUUUCACAUGGUGGGCAGUUGGACGGACCUUCCAUCAGACUAAUUGUGUACAGGUGUAUGCUUGUUCUGACUCGUCGUGUAACAACCCCAUACCCAACGUGCCCGUCAGGCUAACUGGAGUGGACUUUUUCUACUCUGCCUCAAAAGUAACGAACGAGCAUGGCCAGACCUGCUUCCAUUUCAAGAAACAAGGACAAGUCAAGAUCUUCUCACCGUGUAUUGAGCGAAUCAAGUUCUCCCAGGGUAGAGGGAAGCCUUCGAUGUGUCCUGCUCAUAUGAAUAGUGAGAUUAUUCAAACAAAGGCCAGCAAUACGAUUGAUUCAUGUGCUUCGGUUCGACUGGUGGCAAAACGUGGGGCCACGAGUACCUGUGAAGAUCCAGGGACCUUAGAUCAAGGCAUCGUGGUUGGAAGUGACUUCACGUAUGGAAGUCAUGUCACCUUCUUCUGUGGUCCAUCCACCUACAUGCUAGGCGCACCACAGAGGGCGUGUCUCGACUGUGGUGAGUGGGGAGGUUCAAAUCCAACUUGUGAACUUAUGGACAAUGCUGUACCAUUACCAGAGGAGAAUGUUGGAUUCCCAUCGCAGAAACCCUUCUCAAAUGCCCAGGCAGCUACAACCACGGAGUCAGCUACAAAGACAUUUAAACCAUUUAAUGAUCAACCCAAGAAAAGGAAAAAAAGAAGGAGGAGGCCUAAGUUUAAGAGACCUGGCCAAUAGGUGUUGGUCACUUUCUUUUUCUUUUGUCUUUUUCUUUUUUUGUGUUUGUGAAUUGUACAAUUAAGAAUUUAAAGUUGCAAAGACGCAAAGCUCGAGGCAAUGUGAAUCAACCCCACGUUGCAAGUGACGACAAGGGAGGUGGGAGCGAGGGAUCGAGACGUGUGGUCAAAGCUUACUUACUAUGCAUUUGAACAUUUUGACUGAGCUAAACAUUUUUGGUGGAACAACCGUGCGCCUGUAACUUCUCUUAAAAGUCUGGUGAAGGAGCUAAACAUUUUUGGUGGAACAACCAUGCGCCUGUAACUUCUCUUAAAAGUCUGGUGAAGGAGCUAAACAUUUUUGGUGGCCUGUAACUUCUCUUGAUAGUCUGGUGAUUUGAUUCUACAACAUGGUUGAGGAUCCUAUUCAAGCAAAACUUGCGCUUAUUCCAACUCUUUCUUUAACUUUAUGAAUAGAACAACACCACAUGUUUUAUGCCAAUAGGGUCCAACGAGUUUCAAGUGAUGAAACUUUAUUGUCGUGAUUGGAAAAAAAUAAUUAAAAAAGCAUUAAACCUGUAAAUGUUUUUAAUUAAAGAACGUUUUAUCGCACAAUUGUGCUUGUAGAUAAUUAUGGCGUGGCGUGGCGGAUCCCGAAUUCCCAACAAGUCGGUUCAACAAGUGGAUAGCUUAAACUUAUUGAACCAAUUUGAAGUCUCUUUCUGGUUUAACACUUUCAUCGUGAUAAUGCUUUUUAUUGUCAUUACAUCAAUUAUCAAUUGUAAUUAAAUAAUUGGUCCAGUCAGUCAUACGAUCUCUUUUGCUCUUCUUAAAUUAUAAAUUUUGUAUAUCGUAGGAUGAUUCAACAAUUAUUCUAUGUCAGGAAUAAUAGAAAAAAACUGGUUUUUUCCCCCGUGGUUAUUUACUAUUUAUUUAUCGGAUCCAUGCCUGUAAUUGUAACAGGUGCUCGAUGUGUUCGUUUUAAUAUCGUGUUAUGUGGGCGUUUUAAUGAGUAUUUUGCCUUCAGUUCGUUUAAAACCAUAGGUUUAAUACCACAAAGUGUUUACCAUACUUUAAUUGAAGUCGAAUUUAGCAAGGGAUGAUUAAAGUGUGCAUAUUGGUCAAAAACAAGACCAUUAAUUGGUUUGUUGAUUUAUGGUGCAUUAUUUAAAUUAUAAUAAACAUAUCUUUUAAAAACAGCCAGUUCCCUGUUUUAUUUGUUUUGAGCUUAACUGUUAUGUGUUUGGUAAACAGAUAACAGUUUCUUUAUUUUCCUUUUUAAAGAUCUAGUAUCAUACUCAAGUCCCUUGCCUCGAUUGAAGACCCUUAAGUUCCGGUUCAGAAUUAGACCAUGUUGGGUCUGACCCACUUCUUGAUCACCUUGACCCGGAAUUUCUCAAAUUGCCACAUAAAUUGAUCCAACCCUCACAUAGUCCAAGUUAAACUUAUUUUCCUCUCUACUAUUUUCCGGGUCAUACUGAUCCAUACUUGCGUCAAUCCCCAGCCUUGUAAUUGACAAUCCGGGUUAAUUCUGAACCGGGAGCCUUUAGAGUAAAGGGACAUUUCAUGUAGCUGCAAUUGAAUAUCAAAGGGUGGCAUUGAAUUCAGGUGAAUUACCUGAAUAUUGUUUGUUAUGAAUUCAAGUUUAGAAUAUAAAUAAGCCAUUUGGCUCCUUACAAUUUUACUUUAUGGUUAUUUAUUUUUCUUACAGUUCUGCCAUGGCUCUUGCGCCUAAUAUUUAUUUGAACAUUCUUCCAUCAUGUUUAGUUGGUGCUGUUAAUUUCAUUGCUUUUGUACCGAUUCCAACUGGAAGUACGCCCUCUUUUGUGCAACAUUUUUGUUCGCUGACUGAUUCAUGUAUUAGUGCAUAAUGUCAAUAUGUACCAGGAAUGAUUAAAUAUUACACUGCUAA